GUGACAAAUAAGUUAUUCGACAUGCCGUGCUUAAGAAUUCUUACUAAUAUUCCUAAUAGUAAAAUACCUAAGGAUUUUGUUAACAAAAUUAUUCCUGUGCUGGCGAAAGCUGUUAGGAAAGAUGUUGAGAAGUUCACAUGCGUGAUAUCAGGGGACUGCCAGGUGUCCUUCGCAGGGGACUCCUCGCAGCCAGGGGCCGUGUCCACGCUGGAGUCCAUAGGACACGUCGGCCCGGACGACAACCGGGUGAUCGGCCGGGACCUGGCCGCGUUCGUACAGAACGAACUAGGAAUACACCCUGACAGGUUUUUCAUAAGUAUCUACGAUAUCAAGGGCACCAACAUUGUGAAAGGCGGUGAUACGAUAUCUACAUGAAUAAAUUAAGUUAAUAUA